AUGGAGAAGCACAUGGCGCAAACUCUGACGGAGAUCGACAGCCGGAUCCCUGACGCCCUCCGCGUCGCCUUCGGCAUAUGCCGCCCCAGGCGUCCGGCGAUUCUGCGCGGCCAACAGGAUGAGGCAGCGAACUUCGCCGCCGUCCUGCUCGCGCCGCGCGACGCAAACGACGACGACGGCGCCAGCGACGCCAUGGACUGCGACGACGACGAGGCGCAGCAGCCGGAGGGAGACCUGGGGAUGGUGUUCGCGUCAUCCUACAUAAAGGACCACGACGAGGACGCUCACUUCGGGCACGCCGAGGCCGGCGUCAUUGGCGUGGCGGACGGCGUCGGCGGGUACCGCAGCAACGCCGGCGGCGGCGUCGACGCGUCGGCGUUCUCCCGCGCGCUCAUGCACAACGCCUACGCGGAGGUGGCGGCGACGACCGCCGUGCACGGCGCGCGCUUCUGCCCCCGCGCGCUGCUGGAGCUGGCGUACCAGAUGACGGCCGCGGCCUGCACGCCCGCCGCGUCCACGGCGGCCAUCGUCUCCCUCGCCGGCCGGACCCUCAAGUGGGCGUUCGUCGGCGACAGCGGGUUCGUCGUGCUCCGCGGCGGCAGGAUCCUGCGCCGCUUCCGGCCGCAGCAGCACUACUUCAACUGCCCCUACCAGCUCAGCUCGAACCAAGAAAGCGACAGGCUCGCCGACGCGGACGUCGGCGAGGUCGCGGCGAAGGAAGGCGACAUUGUGGUUCUGGGCACGGACGGGCUGUUCGACAACGUGUUCGACGCCGAGAUCGAGCGCAUCGUGCGGAUGGGCACGGCGUUGGGGUUCGCGCCCAAGAACAUGGCGGAGGUCAUGGCGGCCUUCGCUUUCGAGGCUGCGACCUGCCGCGACAGAGACACGCCGUACAGCUCGGCCUGCCGGACGCAGCCAGGCCGGAAGCCUUUCAUCGGCGGGAAGCCGGAUGACAUCACUGUAGUGGUCGCCUACAUUGUAUCAUGCCCUAUCCGAUCUCAAAUAUAG